AUGCGCAAGUUGACAGAAGACGGUGACUCUAUCAUCCCGGCUAAGGCGCGAUCCCAACUCAAGCUCUUCGCAACUCUGUCCAACACCCUCCGGCCGUACCUCAACGCGGUGCGAGCGUCGCUUACUGCGGCGCUCACGCUCGAGAACUUCUCUUCGCAGGUCGUCGAGCGGCAUAACAAGCCCGAGAUUGAGGCCAACAAGACGCCUGAGGUGCUCCUCCAGCCAUUGGUGGUUGCGCGUAAUGAGAGCGAGAAGGUCCUCAUCGAGCCGUCGAUCAACUCGGUCCGUGUCAGCAUCAAGAUCAAGCAGGCCGACGAGAUUGAGAAGAUCCUCUGUCACAAAUUUACGCGAUUCAUGAUGAUGCGCGCCGAGAACUUUGUCAUUCUGCGCCGCGCCCCGAUUCCCGGCUACGACAUCUCGUUCCUCAUCACCAACUUCCACGCCGAGACCAUGCUCAAGUAUAAGCUCGUCGACUUUGUGAUCCAGUUCAUGGAGGAUGUCGACAAGGAGAUCUCGGAGAUGAAGCUCUCGCUCAACGCCCGUGCGCGCAUCGUCGCAGAGAGCUACCUCGCUACCUUCUCGUGA